AGCGCACUGUGGCAGCUUUUGGACGCAGUGCCCGCCGACCAGCGGCAGCGCAUCGCGAGCAUCGCAGUGGACGGCACGUCGGCCACCACCCUGCUCAUAGACGGCGACAGCGGGCGCUGCCUGGCGCCGCCCAAGCUGUACAAGGAAGUGCAGCCGGCGGCGGCAGUUGCUAGAGCCAGGCAGAUGGCGCCGCCGGAUCACACCGCCACCACCGCCACCUCCACGCUCUGCAAGGUGCUGGACUGGGAUGAGCGGCAGGUGUGGCAGCGGGUGCAGGAGGCGGAGGGCGUGGAGCCCUGCAUCGUGCACCAGGCCGACUGGAUCGCAGGGCUGCUGCACGGCGAGUGGCGGGUCACAGACUACAACAACGCGCUCAAGCUGGGGUAUGACCCGGCGGCAGAGUGCUACCCCGACUGGCUGUGUGACCAGCCCUUUGCUUGCCUGCUGCCCCUGGCGGUGGUGGCCCCAGGCGCGCCCGUGGCUCCCAUCACGUCCGCGGUGGCACAGCAGACGGGGCUGCCCGAGGGCUGCCUGGUGUGCGGCGGCACCACCGACAGCAUAGCGGCGUUUGUGGCAGCGGGCGUGACCGAGGUCGGCGAGGCGGUCACAUCCCUGGGCAGCACCCUGGCGGUCAAGCUGCUGAGCGAGACGCGGGUGGAUGAUGCGCGGUACGGCCUGUACAGCCACCGCCUGGGCUCCGCCUGGCUGGUGGGCGGCGCCAGCAACACAGGCGGCGCCGUGCUGCGCCAGUUCUUCAGCGACGCCCAGCUGGCGGAGCUGACGCCGCGGCUGGAUGCGGGCAGGCCCACCGGCCUCGACUACUACCCAUUGACUCGCCCGGGCGAGCGGUGCCCCAUCAACGACCCCGACCUGCAGCCUCGGCUGGAGCCGCGGCCGGCCGACGACGCCCUGUUCCUGCAGGGCAUGCUGGAGGGCAUUGCCCGCAUCGAGGCGCAGACCUACCAGCUGCUGGCCCAGCAGGGUGCGUCCCCAGUGUGCAGGGUGUACACGGCGGGCGGCGGCGCCAGGAACCCAGCCUGGGCCGCCAUCCGCCAGCGGCAGCUGGGCGUGCCGGUGGUGGCCAGCGAGCAGGCAGAGGCGGCGUAUGGCAGCGCGCUGCUGGCCAAGCAGGGCUAUGAGCUGGCCAACCCCGUGAUUGCGCUAGUUAUGUAACAGCCUUGCCUCACC